UCCUCUUACAUCAUGGGAAACCGGGGGAUGGAAGACCUGAUCCCGCUGGUCAACAGACUUCAGGACGCUUUCAGUAGCAUCGGCCAGAGCUGCAACCUCGACCUACCACAAAUUGCUGUGGUCGGCGGCCAAAGCGCCGGAAAAAGCUCGGUUCUUGAAAACUUCGUCGGAAAGGACUUCCUCCCCCGUGGCUCUGGCAUUGUGACUCGCAGGCCCCUGGUUCUGCAGCUGAUCAGCGCCAACACAGAGUACGCGGAGUUUCUCCACUGCAAAGGGAAGAAGUUCACUGACUUUGAUGAGGUCCGCCAGGAGAUCGAGGCUGAAACUGACCGCGUCACUGGUGCCAACAAAGGCAUCUCACCCAUCCCCAUAAACCUGAGGGUCUACUCCCCAAAUGUGUUGAACUUGACCCUCAUCGACCUGCCGGGCAUUACCAAGGUGCCGGUGGGCGACCAGCCGGCGGACAUCGAACACCAGAUCCGAGACAUGAUCAUGCAGUUCAUCUGCAGAGAGAGUUGCCUGAUCCUGGCCGUCACUCCAGCCAACACUGACCUGGCCAACUCAGACGCUCUCAAACUGGCCAAGGAUGUGGACCCGCAGGGUCUGAGGACCAUCGGAGUGAUCACUAAACUGGAUCUGAUGGACGAGGGGACUGACGCCAGGGAUGUACUAGAGAAUAAGCUCCUCCCCCUGCGGAGGGGUUAUAUCGGUGUGGUAAACCGCAGUCAGAAGGACAUCGAUGGGAAGAAGGACAUUAAGGCAGCCCUGGCUGCAGAGAGGAAGUUUUUCUUAUCUCACCCAUCUUAUCGGCACAUGGCAGACAGCAUGGGCACUCCUUACCUGCAGAAAGUUCUCAACCAGCAACUGACCAAUCACAUUAGAGACACACUCCCAGGAUUCCGCAGCAAGCUGCAGGCCCAGCUCCUGGCCUUGGACAAGGAGGCAGAGGAAUAUCGUCAUUUUCGCCCAGAUGACCCAUCACGCAAGACCAAAGCUCUGUUACAAAUGGUGCAACAGUUCUCUGUGGACUUUGAGAAACGAAUUGAGGGCUCUGGAGAUCAGGUUGACACUGUGGAACUUUCUGGAGGAGCAAAGAUUAACCGUAUCUUCCAUGAACGUUUCCCCUUUGAAUUAGUGAAGAUGGAGUGUGAUGAUAAGGAGAUGCGGCGGGAGAUCAGCUAUGCCAUUAAGAAUAUUCAUGGAAUCAGGACUGGCCUCUUUACCCCCGACAUGGCAUUCGAAGCAAUUGUGAAGAAGCAGAUAAUCAAGCUAAAGGAGCCGUGCAUCAAAUGUAUUGACCUUGUCAUCCAAGAACUCAUCAACACCGUACGCCAGUGCUCUAAUAAACUGGGCACUUUCCCACGGCUGAGAGAGGAGACGGAGCGGAUUGUGACCACACACAUCCGUGAGAGAGAGAGUCGGGCUAAGGAACAGGUUUUGUUGCUGAUUGAUAUUCAGCUGGCUUACGUUAACACUAACCACGAGGAUUUUAUCGGCUUUGCCAAUGCACAACAACGGAGUAACCAGUCUAACAAGAAGAGUUCUGCAGGAAAUCAGGUGGGUGGAGUCAUCCGUAAGGGCUGGCUGACCAUUAACAACAUCAGCAUCAUGAAGGGCGGGGCCAAGGAGUAUUGGUUUGUGCUGACCGCUGAGAGUCUCUCCUGGUUCAAGGAUGACGAGGAGAAAGAGAAGAAGUACAUGCUUCCACUGGACAACCUGAAGGUCCGUGAUGUUGAGAAAAGCUUCAUGUCGAGCAAGCACAUAUUCGCCAUCUUCAACUCCGAGCAACGGAAUGUCUACAAGGACAACCGCUCUCUGGAACUGGCCUGUGACACCCAAGAGGAAGUGGAUAGCUGGAAGUCAUCACUCCUACGGGCAGGAGUUUACCCAGAAAAGUCAACUACGGAGUCAGACAGCUCCGGGCCAUCAGAGAAUUUCUCCAUGGAUCCUCAGCUGGAGAGGAAGGUGGAGACCAUCAGGAACCUGGUGGACUCUUACAUGGCCAUUGUUAACAAGUGUAUCCGAGAUCUCAUGCCCAAGUCCAUCAUGCACCUCAUGAUCAACAAUGUAAAAGAAUUCAUCAAUGCCGAGCUGCUGGCCCAACUGUACUCGGCUGGUGACCAGAACGCGCUGAUGGAUGAGUCUCAGGAGCAGGUGCAGCGUAGGGACGAGGUACUACGGACACACCACGCCUUGAAAGAAGCAUUGGCCAUCAUUGGAGACAUAUCCACCACCACCGUGUCUACCCCGAUGCCCCCACCUGUCGACAACUCUUGGCUACAGGCUGGUGGAGGAGGCUCACGCAGAUCCCCUCCACCCAGCCCCACUGCUCCACGCCGGAUGUCUGCUGGCCAACGGCCCCCUCCUCCCCCUCCGUCCCGCCCCGGGCCUCUGGGACCCUUCAACAACAGCGCUGACAGCCCUCAGGUCCCCAGCCGGCCCAACCGUGCCCCGCCCAGCAUUCCCAGUCGCCGCCCCCCUCCCUCUCCAACCCGGCAGGUCCCCCCGUAA